AAGUCCUUUCACGUACUCUCUCUCUCUCUUUCUCUCUCCACUGUUUGCACCGACCUCGCCUCGCUCGAUCCGUACGCCGGCGCCGACGCCGGCUCUGCGGUAUCCGCGCGGCCCUGAGCUCGCGGCCAGCUCGGCUAUGGAGGCUCCGCCGUCGGGUGAGAGGCAGGGGGGCGGCCUCGAGUUCGCCCUGGUUUCCGUCUCCGACCUCUCUCGUCCUUCCGCCGCUGCUGCUGCUGCUCCCGCCUCUUCGGCGGCGGCGGCGGGGGCCUCGGCCCCGCCCUCGCCCGUCGUGGCUCGGUUCGGCGGCGGCGGCGGCGACUCCGGCGUCGCCGAGCUUCGGUUUUACCGAGACAACGGACCGAGCGAUGUCGUCGGCGGCGGCGGCGGCGGCGGCGUUGUUGAGCUCGCCAGCGCUCAGAUAUUUAAGCUAGGCCCGGUUCAGUCAAUUUGCAUGUCCGAAGGCUCUGAAACAAGUAAAGAGAAGUCAUAUUCAAAAGGGUUUAAUAUUCAUUUUAAAACGGAAGAGGAGAGCGAGGCCUUCCAUUGUACGUUUGAGCAAUUGAAGAAGGAAGGCAGUAUUAAAGGGACACACUUGCCAAAUGGAGUUCUGUCAACUUCUAAGAGCAAAUUUGAUGACAAGAUAGAGGCAUCUUCUGCCAAAAUGUAUUUUCAUUAUUAUGGACAGCUUCUGCAUCAGCAAAAUAUGCUACAGGAUUAUGUGAGGACAGGAACCUAUUAUGCUGCUGUCAUUGAGAACCGUGCAGAUUUCACAGGUCGAGUGGUUGUUGAUGUCGGUGCUGGUAGUGGUAUUCUGUCAUUAUUUGCUGCUCAGGCUGGGGCAAAACAUGUUUAUGCUGUGGAAGCAUCUGAAAUGGCUGAAUAUGCUCGCAAGCUUAUUGCUGGAAAUCCAUUGCUCAGCCAACGAAUUACGGUGAUUAAAGGCAAAGUCGAAGAAGUUGAAUUGCCGGAGAAAGCUGACAUUCUGAUUUCGGAGCCGAUGGGCACUUUGUUGGUAAACGAAAGAAUGCUGGAAUCUUACGUAAUUGCUAGAGACCGGUUUCUGGUUCCAGAUGGAAAGAUGUUUCCUACUGUUGGAAGGAUACACAUGGCCCCUUUCAGUGAUGAGUAUUUAUUUGUUGAAAUUGCAAAUAAGGCUCUCUUUUGGCAACAACAGAGCUAUUAUGAUGUCGAUUUGACACCCUUGUAUGGAACUGCGUUUCAAGGCUACUUCUCUCAGCCUGUUGUAGAUGCCUUUGAUCCAAGGUUGUUGGUGGCUCCCUCAAUAUUUCAUGUGAUAGAUUUUACGAAAGCGAAGGAGGAAGAUUUGUAUGAGAUUGAUGUUCCGUUGAGAUUUACAGCAAACGUUGGUACCAGAGUGCAUGGGUUGGCCUGCUGGUUUGAUGUGCUAUUCAAUGGGAGUACUGUGCCAAGGUGGUUGACAACUGCUCCCGGAUCUCCAACAACUCAUUGGUACCAACUGCGUUGUGUUCUUUCUCAACCCCUCUAUGUCAUGGCUGGACAAGAGAUCACUGGUCGACUACACCUGGUCGCACACAAAUCCCAGAGUUACACCAUAUAUUUGACGUUGUCAACUAAGAUGUGGGGCCCAGGGGCUGAACAAGGUGGAAUACUUCAAACAUCAUCCGGCAAACUUGAUUUAAAGGAACCUUACUACAGAAUGUCUCAGCCCCAAUCUUACACAGUAGCACAAGAUCAGCAACCACAUCAACUGCUUCAAUCACAGAAUGACGUGGUUUUGCUUCAAUAGGAAUUAAACGUCCAAACACAGGACAUAGAAGAAACCGAUCUAUUGGAGCAACCGGCACAAAAUUCGGGCGCUCAUUUCGGUUAACAGGAGCACUUGGUUUUUUAGAUGAUGAAUUGCACAUCACGCGGUUAAGUUGGGCACCGUCAGUAACUUCAAAUUUGCUAGCAGGGCAUUGAGCGUCGAUUCUCUGGAUUAUUACCAAAUAGCCCUACGGCUGCCUUUGCCGGCCUUUCUCCUUCCAUUUCAUCUGUAUUCCCUACUCAGCCAUCUCAUGUGCCAAUUCCUUGUAAAUUUUGUGCAAUUCAUUUCGCUGCCCGUGUGGUUGUGCUAUGUAAACGUGCGGAACUUCGAUCGUGAUUAACUUAAGCCAAUUGAUAAUAAACUUGGUUCAGUUCGGCUC